AUAAAAUUUAUCAAAUUAAUACACCGAUGGACAAAUUAACUGAUAAAGAGGAACAACGUUUUCAAAGAACCAAGUUCUGUCAAAAAUGUUCAAAACAUUUUAAAAACAAUAAUUUGGUUAAAGUUCGAGAUCACUGUCAUUUUACUGGCAAAUAUAGGCAAUGUCUCUGUCUUCAAUGUAAUUUCGAAAUAACUAGUCCAUCGUUCGUUCCAAUAUUCUUUCAUAAUUUAUCUUAUGAUAGUCACUUCAUAAUUCGGGAACUAGGUUGCGAUGAUAAAGAUAUUCAUAUUAUUCCUAAUUCAUCGGAAAAAUAUAUAUCCUUUAGCAAGGAAAUCGCACCUAGAUUUAGUAUUAAAUUUGUCGAUACAUUCCGUUUUAUGAGUGAGUCGCUAAGUAAACUUGCAGCCAAUUUAUCUGAAGAUAAGUUGAGGUUUAGAGAAACCCUAAAAAUAUUUUCAAUCAAAUCAUUAGAUUGAGUUACACGGAAAGGAGUCUUCCCUUACGAAUAUGUCGAUAGUUGGAGUAAAUUAGACAAUGCUUUUUUACCAUCAAAGCUUGAAUUUUAUAACUCGUUAACAGAUGAACAAAUUAGUGAUGAAGAUUAUAGACAUGCAAAAAAUGUAUGGAAUACAUUUGACGUAAAGACUUUGGGUGAAUAUAGCGAUCUUUAUUUAAAAACUGAUGUUACCAUACUAGCUGACGUGUUCGAAAAUUUUAGAGACAUAUGUUUAUCUACUCUCAGAAUAGAUCCUGCUCAUUAUAUGACUGCCCCUGGAUUUGCUUUUGAUUGUAUGCUUAAGUAUACAAAGGUUAAAUUAGAGAGGUUAAAGGAUUAUAAUAUGUUACUCUACUUCGAAAAAUCAAUCCGAGGCGGUAUUUGUCAAUCAACUAAAAGAUAUGCUAAAGCAAACAUACCAAAUAUUGAAGGAUUGGACUAUAAUUCGAAUGAACCGAUUACUUGGAUUACAUAUCUCGACUGUGUAAAUUUAUAUGGAAAGUCUAUGUUGACAGAACUACCUUUUAAAGAUUUUGAAUGGGUUGAUGAUCUCGACAUAGAUGUAACUAAAAUUUCUGAAGAUUCUGAAGUAGGAUAUAUAUUAGAAGUUGAUAUCGAGUACCCUAAACAUUUACAUAAAACCCAUAAUGAUUUUCCGUUUUUACCGUUUAACGAAUGCCCACCAAAUUCGAAAGUUGAGAAAUUGUUAACUACUCUAUCACCGAAAAAAAACUAUAUUGUACAUUACAAAAAUUUAAAACAAGCGAUUUCUCACGGUCUUAAAUUAGUAAAAAUUCAUCGAGCUAUCCGCUUUUCACAAAAAAAAUGGAUGGCAUCAUACAUUGAGUUCUGUACAAAAAUGAGAGCAGAAGCAAAAAAUGAGUUUGAAAAAAAUUUCUGGAAGUUGUUAAUUAAUAGCGUUUUUGGUAAAUGUAUGGAGAAUGUCCGAGCAAGAACUUCUAUAAAACUGGUUUCAUCAGAAAAAAAAGCGAAUAAACUAAUGACAAAAACUAGUUUUAAAGACAGAACUAUAUACUCUAAAAAUCUCAUGGCUAUUCACCAACAUAAGGAAACUAUUAAAUUCGAUAAGGCAAUUUAUGUGGGAUUUGCAAUUUUAGACGUUUCGAAAACAUUUAUGUACGAUUUUCACUAUAAUGUCAUGAAGAAAAGGUAUGGUACUAAAAUUAGUUCUUUAUAUUCGGAUACUGAUUCCUUGAUAUACGCUAUUCAAACUACAAAUUUUUUCAAUGAUUUAAAAAAUGAUUUAUUACCAUAUUUUGAUACAUCUAACUAUCCCAAAGACCAUUAUUGUUUUAGCGAAUUACAUAAAAGUCAGCCAGGCUUUUUCAAGGAUGAAUUGAAAGGAAUUAUACUUAAAGAAUUCGUUUCAUUAAGACCGAAAUUAUAUGCGUACAAAACUGUAGACGGUACUGAGGAAAAAAAAGCAAAAGGCGUAAAGAAAUAUAUUAUUAAAAAACAUAUGCAAUUCGAAAAUUAUAAGGAUAUACUACACGCUUUUAUAAACCAUUUAUCUGUUAAGGAUAAAUUAACUCACAGGGUCAUGAAUUUUAUCCAAUCAAACAAACAUGUUGUUCAAUCGAAAACAAUGAACAAACUUGUUCUAAGCGCUAAUGACGAUAAACGUUAUAUAAAUGACGACGGGAUAAAUACUUUGGCUUAUGGUCACUACAAACUAGAUAAAUUAUAUAAUUAAAGAAAAAAAAGACUUGAUAAAUCUCCAAUCGGUAUAAACAGAAAGCGCUAUCAAACGGUAGUGAAGUAAAUUUUUUUUUUUUUUUGUUUUUAAAAAAAUUACAAACUGAAAACAAAUAAUUAUUUCAACUUUUUUUCUGGCAUUUAUUAUAAAAGUAUUACAUGUUAUACAUAAAAAAUUAUUAUUUAAAAAUAUCUGAUGAUGUUAUCCACGAAUUUUGACUUGAAUCAAAACCCAACCAUUUAACAAACAUUUUAUUCCCAACUUUUUUCACAAUACGUUCAAUAAGAAAGGUGUUUGGAAAAUUAGUUAAUUUAAUUUCCUGUUCAUAAAAACCACCUAAGAUUAUAUUGUUUGAUUCAUCCUUUAGUUGAUAAGUUACUGGAUUUGUCUGUAAAACUUUUGAAACUACAAAUCCAGUAACUUAUCAACUAAAGGAUGAAUCAGGCAGUAUAAUUUUAGGUGGUUUUUAUGAACAGGAAAUUAAAUUAACUGAUUUUCCAAACACCUUUCUCAUUGAACGUAUUGUAAAAAAAGUUGGGAAUAAAAUGUUUGUUAAAUGGUUAGGUUUUGAUUCAAGUCAAAAUUCAUGGAUAA